UUGUGAUGAUAAUUUGAGUAGUGGACAAAAAUUGACUAAAAUAUAAAUAAAAGGAAUAUUCUGACAACUUCCUGGCUCUGCAUUUAAUAAGCCUUAAUAAACUAAAGAUUUUAAUUAAUGGCCUCGCUUUGCAAAAUACUAUUAUUAUCAUCAGAUUCUAUGGAAAGACUUGGCGACAUUACGAGAUGUAAAAUCUGACCGAGAUGAGGUUACCGAAGCUCUCAGCACCAAAGCUGGUAUUGCAUCUCUGAAUGGUUUGGUAUCCUUAACACAAUUUGAAGCUGUAAUAGGAGACUAUCAAAAGCGUCUAGCAAGUCUAUUUGACAAAUUUAACCACCAAGAAAUCGUUUGGCAGAAAUCUAUUGACGAUGUGAUGAGAGAACUAAAUGAAAAAGCUGAAAAGUUCCAAGUGUAUGCGUUAAGAGAUAAUGUUCAGAAACACAUGGAUCAACUUCGAAAUAAACUUGAUUUUAUGACAGAAAUAUGUGGAGAAGCUCGCACGACUGAUAAUGAGAAAGUAACCAGGCUUGAAUUGCCGUGUAUAUCAUGUAACACUCCUGCAAGAGGAGCCAUGGGUGAACCAAAUUUUCUGGGACCUCGGCCGCCUACGCUUGGGAGUGACAAAGAUGAUUGUGCAUCAUUUUUAGAAAAAGGUAAAGAAGGAAAAAAAGUUGAAGAAGAAAAGGAAAAGGAGGGUGGCGCUGGGGAUCAAGUUCGUAAAGUUUGCUACAAAUUUGAACCAAUUCCUCAUCAAAUACAUCCAAGAGCGCGUAUAUGUGCCAAGAUAUGCGGCGGACCUGCUCCUAAGUUAGACGUAGAUGAGUCUGAAGAUAUAUCCUCUACCAUCACCGUACAAGCAAUACGUAAAGAUAAAGGACCUGUACCUAAGAUAAUAAAACCGCAGAAAGUAAUACCUUGUAUACCGUGCAAUCAACUCGAAAAGGGAUUUGCAAUUCCUAAAGCACCAGCACCUUAUCAAUCCGUUAACAAAGCCAAAGCACCUUCAGAUGUAAAUCUACUAGAACAAGAAGAUAUGAAAGUUGAAGAUGUAUCAGAUGAAGACUAUAGAGGAAGUUUGAAUGAACAUGCGGCUGAAGUCGAGUAUGAUGAUGUUGAAGAGAAUGAUUGAAUUCUAACUUUGCUUUUAG